AAUGACUGCCUGAAAGGCAACAUUGCCUGAGUCGCCAUUGAGAGCGAGCGCAUAUUUGAGAUUGUAGAAAUAAUUCGUUGAAGGCUAACCAGUGUUUACUAUUGAGGCGAGGAGAAAAGGACAACACUGCAUACCACGGCUUUAGGGCAAACAGACGAUUUCUCAUGAUGAUCGGAUCGUUUUAAAUGAAUGAUAGAGAUUUAGCCAUCCCGUUUAAAGGGGCGAAAGUCUGGUUGGAGUGAUUAAGGGAAGAAAGCAGGGGAUAGACAGUAUUUCAACAUUUAGACAACAAGGAGUUUGGAAAGGAGAUGGGGAAUUGUCUGAAAUCUCCCACUUCGGAUGAUAUCUCCUUGCUCCACGAAUCACAGUCAGACAGGGCCAGUUUUGGUGACGCCAACGAUCCGGAUCAGGAGCCACCACCUCCAUAUCAGGAGCAGAUCCAUGUGCCCGUGUAUCACCCCACUCCCAGCCAGGCCCGGCUUGCAACCCAACUGACCGAAGAGGAGCAGGUGCGAAUCGCUCAAAGGAUCGGACUCAUCCAGCAUCUUCCCAGAGGUGUCUACGAUCCAGGCAGUGACGGCACUGAGAAGAAGAUUCGAGAGUGUGUGAUCUGCAUGAUGGACUUUGUGUACGGAGACCCCAUCCGGUUCCUCCCCUGCAUGCACAUCUACCACCUGGACUGCAUAGAUGACUGGCUGAUGAGGUCCUUCACGUGUCCCUCCUGUAUGGAGCCUGUAGAUGCUGCCUUGCUCUCGUCCUACGAAACUAACUGACUACUGCCUGCACUGAUCCCCUCCCUACACACACACACACACAAACACACACACACACACACACACCACGCCCCCAACCCUUGAGUCCUGUCCUCACACGGCCCCUUUGCAUAAAGAAACGAAGUGUCCGCUUGACUGGGGCGUGGGAUGGUGUGUGCCUGUGGCAUCAUGGGGUAAAGGAGGCCACACUGAUAAUUAAACCUCUCCUGCAUGGUCCUGCUGGACAGGGAAAUCUGCAGGAGCCCUUUUGCACCCUGACGACUUUAUCACGUGAGUCCUGUGUCUCUCAUCGACGUCACCCAGACAAGCCGGUCACGCACCAUUCCACGGUAGCAACAUUUACACUGGAAGGAGACGAACCUUCGAGAAACGUGCCGGAGGACUUUAAAAAAAUGCAUCUUUAACUUUCAAUCUCUAUUUAUUUCUCUCUCUCUCUCUCAGUGUCUGUUUCCAUAAAGGGCUCGUUUGAUUUCUGCCGAAGCUGCAGUGGAGCAAAACCAAUGGCAUUGCACAUACACAUGCAAAGAAAGAAAAAAAGAAAGAAAGAAAAAAAAAUCUCAUCAUGAAUUUUGCACUUUUGACUUAAAGAAUUAAGCCCAACUUUACACACAACACACACACACACGCAAAUGUGCAUCACAUGAGACUUUUAUUUAACCACAUGUUAGCUUUUUUUGAGUUUAUAUGUUUGUUUUGGUUGUUUUAAACUACUCAAUGGACACUUCAGCUAGCCAAUUUGUGUUGAGAAAUUAGCAUUUCUGUAUACGCUUGCGAACACCAAGUCUGAGUGGAUUUGGUAUAACAAAUAAAAAUAAUUCUAUAAAUAUUUAUUAUAAUUUUUUUAAUUUUUUUUUUCUAUUAAUGUCACAAUAGUGGCUCAUCUCACAUAUUGGUCAAGCUGAAGUGUUUUGUUGCUUUUUGCUUUGUGGAUCAUAUUUUUUCCUUUAGUUUUAAAAUCAAUACUGUUUAUUGUCAUAACACAACCGAAAAAUGUAUUUAACGAUAAAAAAACAAAAAACACUGAAGUCAUCGAAAGUCUGAUGGUGGCUAUGAGGUGAGCCUGGAGUGAUUAAUGCAAUAUAGGACGUAGUGACUCACGAAAGUACACAUAUGAGUGUGUGAAACUGCUCAAUAAUGAUCAUUUCACCUUCUUUACUGGUGCACUUGUGUGUUUAGUUUACUUUAUUGUACAUAGUGCAAUGAUAUAUAUUUUAGUGACUUUUAUUUGAGUUUUCAGUACCAGAUACUUUAAAGAAAGUCUUUAUGACAUCAUAAGGGACUCAUAAACUUUGAAAAAAUAUAUAUAUUGUGAGUCCUCAUGGAUUCAGCCAAGUGAUAUAUGAGUUUUUCCCCUUCUCUAUGUUUGUAGGGGAAAAAAAAAAAAAGUUUUCUCAUAGACUUCAAAUUCUUGGCAUUAAUUUUUUUUGUUGAAUACAAGACCGAGGGCAGUAUGAUCGCACCCAAAGCUGGGACGUGCUUGAAUAGCUGUUUGGUGUUUUUGGUUUGUUUUUAUUUUGUUUGUUUUUCUUUUUAAAUGGAAGAUGGUUUAUGCUUAGUGAAAUUACGCCCAGCCCUCUCACUCUGUCUAAAAAAAAAAAAAAAAAAAAAAAAAAAGCACAAGAGAGCAUAGAAAUCGAGUCUCUAUUUUUCUUAACUCUCAAACUUUAUAAUUGCUAGAAAUUAGAAUUGGUAGUAGGUAACACGCGUUUGGCAUUAAAUCUGUCCCCUUAAUCAAAAUGGAAAGAAAAAAAAAAAAGUUCUGGUGGUUAGUGGCUGCUAUUGAAGUGAAGUUUUUCCUCGUGUUUGAAUUCAUGCCUUGUGUGGAGUGACUGUAAGUGUGUAGUUAAUGAAGGUGAGGGAUAUCUUCUUUAUAGAAAAUCCAUUGGCCUGGUUUUGCACAGUACUUUUAGUUGUAGUUUUUGUCUUUUCUUUUUUCUUUUUUCUCCUGUCUCUCCAUACAACGUGGAGCUCCAUUGCCUUAGACCAGACAAGCAGGAGGCUUUUGGCUGGACGUCCUGGGCUGACUGGGGCUCUACACCAGCAUCGGGAGGACAGAGUGAUGAUGAAUGAGCAUUUGGACGUAAUAAGACUUAUGUUUGCUCCUGAGAAGACAUGUCAUCAAUGCAAUGCCAUACAGAAACUGAUUCUCCAUGAUGUGCUGGGAGCACAUGGACAUUAUCUGUGAUCUGUUUGUAUGUGACACGUGUGUGUAAGGCUGUGAGAGUCUCCCGUUUGUCUGUCUGUGAAUAUAUACAUAAACGUAUGUAUAUAUAAAAUUAUGCAUCUUCUAUGUACUACAGGCAAAUAAUAAAUAGAAUUUAUGCUAUGAA